CCCAAAGCACCCCCUCCCAAAAAAAUAAAAAAUAAAAUAAAAUAAAAUAAAAACCCCACCGAAAAUUUUUUUUAUCAUAAUCAUAAUUGUAAGAGGAAAAACAAUCCCCUCAAUCCAUAUCCAAAAUCCCAAUUGAGGUUUUCUUUUCCCUUUUUUAAAAAGAUUAUUUUUUAUAAAAAUAAAUAAAAUUUGUUUUUUAGUGAUUGAAGGAACACCCAUGGAUUCGGGUCGAAACAUGGAUUGACCCAUAUAGGUAUAUCAACAACAAAUCCAGAGAAGAUUACAUACAAUUUGGUGAUCUGUUGAGGCUGACAGCUUAUAUUUGCCUUCAUCUGGUCUCGUUUCUUCUUCUUCUUUACUUCAAUUUUUUUUUCUCAUAUAUAUUUGCUACGGUUGUUUCCAGUUCUCUUUUUUGGGUUAAGGGUUGUUGUUUUUCUCUCUCUCUUUAAAGGUUUUUUUUUCUAGUUCAAUUUAUUGUUGGGGUUACAGGUGAUUUUGAUUUUUUUUUCUGUUUUUUUUUUAAAUUUUGAUUUUAGGUUUUGUUUAUGAUUCUGGGAAAUAAUCAUCCCUGAAGUGUUCAGUUAUUGUUUGUUUUAGUUGGGAGGGGUUUUUGUUAGAUUUCUUUAUAGUUUAGCUUUUUUUUUCUCGAGAAGAUUGAAGGGAUUUUCCGGGAAAGUUUGUUUUCUUCCAGUGCUACUACGAGAAUCUGGAAAAAGAAAAACAAAGAACCCAGAUUUUGUUUUCAUUUCGAUCAUCCAUUUUCUUCAUCAGAUUACUAAAACUUUGAAAAAAACACACACACCCAAAAGGACAAUAUCGAAUUGAUUUUUGAUCUUGUAUGGGAAAAAAAAUUGAAUUUAAUUGGAAUCCGAUUCUUUUGAUCUGAAUUGGAUUGACCCUUGUUUUCUUUUUAAAUUUCAAUUUCAUCGAAAAAAUCCAUGGCGAUGAAAGGUUGGGCAACAGAACAAUGGAGGGGCUAUUUCCGUACGGCAAACUCUGAUAUAUUCGAUAUAAUCGAUCAUGCUAUUAUGGUAGCGGCUUUAGAUUGUCCCAAAGAGUUCAGAUUACGCAGAGAUCGAAUCGCUGAGAAGCUCUUUACUUGCAAAUUAACUCGUUGUUCGGGUUGUGACCGGGUCGAGUUGGUUCUACCAGAAUAUGAGGAUGAUGAUAACCCUACAGGCUGCCAUGGGAGCUUUAAAAGAGAAGAUGAGGAAGAAGAAGAUGGUUGCGGGUUUUUUGAAGCUGGAGGUAGCAAAGAAAGUAAAGCCAACAGUAGUAGAGAUGAUCCUUUAAUGAACCAGAUUGCAAGCAACUAUAGCUACGGUGAAGCUGAAGCUCUAACGGACGAAAUCGAAGAAGAAUCUAUGAUCGUUGGGGAAGUGUUUAGGAUCAAAGAGAUCCUACACAAUUGUCAGGAUGAGCCCGAUUCUGUACUGUUCGAAUCAUUGAGGAAACUUCAGUUAAUGGCUUUGACAGUGGAUACUUUGGAGGCAACUGGGAUUGGUAAGGCUGUUAACCGGGUCAGAAAGCAUUCGUCGAAGCAGAUCCGUCAUCUUGCACAAACUCUCAUCGAUGGAUGGAAGGAAUUGGUGGAUGAGUGGGUUAGUGCCACAAAGGCUGUUGCUGGGGUUACUCCUGAAUCUAUGAAUCCAUCCGUUGAUGAAGAAGUAGACGAGGAAGAAGAAGGGCUUCCGUCUCCUCCUUUAGACAUGGAUGCUCUCUUUGCUCAACCGACAUCAAUGGAGCUCUCUCAGUUUUUUGAUGGCAUGGAUGAUGAUGGAAAUCCUGGAAGCAGUGGGGACUUUGUCCGGAAUAAUGGAAGAAAACCAUCAGAGGAGAACCGGAAUUUAUCGAAGCGGAAACCGCAAACAUCAAGUGAAGCAAAUCCGACCCUGAAGAAUGAUAAGAGUCGACAAAUGAAGAGACAAGAACCCAUUACAAAGCCUAAUAACAAGCCAUCAACCACAAAUGUUGGGUCCGGGAAACCUCCAAAACAUAAUAUCGAACCAAAGGCCUCAAAAGAAUCAAACUCGCUGCAGAAACCGGAUAAAAUGGCUGUCCCGAAAAAGCCCCUCCGUAGCCAACAAGACAAACUCAAGCCUUCGGAUGACGAUGCUGUCCAAGAAAAGCUUGAGGCAACGAAAAGGAAGCUACAAGAGCGAUAUCAACAAGUCGAGAACGCCAAGAGGAAACGGACGAUACAAGUAAUGGAGUUGCAUGAUCUCCCAAAGCAAGGUUCUGGCCACAAAAAUCCACAUUUCAAACACGGUAACCAUAACCGGCAAUGGGCAAAUGGAAGGAGAUAGUCUGUUUCUCUCUCUCUCUCUCUCACUCUCUCGUGUUUCGACGAGCGGUGUAGAUAGCCUUUCCGGGUCUCUUCCGUGUUCGGGUGUAAGAAUAUACCAAUAACACAAAUGGGAAGCACACAAAUGACCUGAAACCCCACAUUUCAGGCUAUCAAAUAAGAAGAGAAAAAAAACAAUUUUUUUUCUGAUGGUCAAAGUUAAACACAGCUACAGAAAGGGACAUUUCCGAUAAGGAAACGGGUUUUCUGAUCGAGUCUCCGUCGUAGAUUUUCGAAACUUUUGAGGUAUAGGGGCAUUUUUUUACUGUUAUGUUUUAGAUAGGGGAACUGAAAGAAUUAUGGGUAAAAAUGAUAUAUGCAUUUGGAGACUGCUACAAAGUCCAUUGAAAUCCAUGUAUAGAACAAGAACCCUAAUUUUUUUACCCAUCUUUUUGAUUGACUUAUCAACUUAUCUUUCUUACCCUCAUUAACCUUACUUGAAUUUUCAUGUAAUAAAAAAUAAUAAAAAUAAUUAAUGAUGAAAAAAAAGUACAAUGACUGUUUUUAUA